AUGCACUAGGAUCAGUGAGUCAGAAUAGAGGUAGGGACACUCCUUGCUGGAAAUCAGCAAGAAGAGGAGGGUACCGUGCUAUGGAGGUUGCCAAGAACAGCAAAAUACAAUUUGCUUAGAUAGGGAUGGUGGAGAUUCCCAUGCUUAAAGGUUGAAGGGACUGCAUCUUUGGAACAUUUACGUUUUUCUCAUUUGUAGCACGUACUGAAGGAAAUGGCUAUUUCUUGGAUUUACAAAGUUUGGAUCCUACUCUUACCCAUUGUUGACUGCGCUCUGUCCAGUUAUUCCGAAGACCAAUGCAGCUGGAGGGGGAGUGGUCUGUCCCAGCAGCAAGGCAGUGUGGAGCAGAUCUCCCUCCACUGUUCUGAGGGUGCUCUGGACUGGCUCUAUCCUAAGGGGGCGCUCCGCCUCACCCUGUCCCCCAGGUUGCCCUCUGCGGCAGUGGGGCCUGGGGGAAGCAGCUCGGGCCUGAUCACGGCCUGCGUCAAGCCCUCCGAGCACUUCCACGGGGCCCAGCUCUACUUGGAGAGAGACGGGGUCCUGGAGCUCCUGGUAGGGGACCGUCUGGAGGAGUCUCCCCCAACCCGGGUGCGCUGCUUCAGCCGCCUGCCCGGCGAGAAGGUGGCCCUCUUCCUCCAGGCCACUCCCCACCAGGACAUCAGCCGCCGCAUUGCAUCUUUCCGCUACGAGCUGAGAGGGGAUUGGACUGUGCGCCUGUCACUCGACUCAAACCCCGUCAGCAGUAAUGAAGGUGCCUGCAGACCCUGUAACAACACAGAGCUCCUUAUGGCUGUCUGCACCAGUGACUUUGUGGUGCGUGGUAACAUUGAGGCAGUGGAUGAGGACAGCGAGUUACGGGCGGCGGUAAUAAAGGUCAGCACCACCCGAGUAUUUCGCCAGAAAUAUGCCCUGUUCACCGGGACAGGCCGCCUGACCCUCUCAGGCGAGAUCAGGACCCUGCUGCAGUGUGGUGUCCGGCCCGGGGCAGGAAGCUUCCUCUUCACCGGCCGCAUACACUUCGGCGAAGCGUGGCUGGGCUGCGCGCCCCGCUACAAGGACUUCCUCCAGGCCUACACUCAGGCCAAGUUGGUCCAGCAGCUACACUGUGAACUGGCUGUGGACUGAGCAGACCACCCCAAAUCUCGGCUGACUACUUCCCUGUAAUAGGGCUUGCCUCACAAUACAGCCUUAACUCAAUCAACCUGUCCUCUGGUUUGCCAAACCUCUGAGUGAAAGGUGAGGAAGAUGGAAGCUCACCCGAUGGUGUAGCUUCUUAGUCUUCCCCAAAGGACUGUCCAUGCCCAACUACUCAUUCAUAGCAACAUUCGCAGUGCAAUAUGCAGUCCUGUGGCGAUAUGAAGGACACCGUGUGGACUAGAUGAGAUUAAAUAAUUUGGCACGGGACAAAUUUUCCAGAUGCCAAUAUGCUUAUUCGGAAUUCUCAGAAGAGCUUUCCGUAACAACAAGCAACAAUUUGUCAGGCAUGGAUUCAGAGCUAUUGAGUGUGACUUUGUCUUUUAAACUCAGGAAACUAUGUGAAAAAUUCUGUGGUGAAGUUGGUCUGUUUUAGAAGUUACACAAUUGCUAUUCCAGUAAUUAACCACAAGGCUGUGGUGUUUUUCUAUGGUAGUCUUCAAAAUGGCCACUCAUUUUAUUCAAUGUUUUUUGUUUGGGAAAUCUACCAUUUUGUGUCCAAGAUGUUUGCACAAAUGUGUAGUUGAAACAAACAAUGGUGGACUAUUCUCAGUGUUACGAUUCUUUAUUGGAGAUUAGGGAGGGACUUUUCUAUUUUCUCUUUUCUCUUUUCUCUUUUCUCUUUCUCUUUCUCUUUUUUUAUCGUAUUUUGCACUGAUAAGGGAAUGAUCUGGAAAGUCUUGAUGCUACAAGCACUGAAAACCAAAAUGAAAAGCUGAUUUUAUGUAGCAUAGAGAGGAGGUGUGAUCAGAACUUAAUAUAUGUACAGAUAUUGCUAGCACAUCUUCAUGCUAGGCUAGGGCUGGCACAUGUUAGCACUAGUAGAAGGUUCAAAGCUUGCUUCACUCUAGUGCUGAAAGCACUUUCACAACAUUAGUCAACUCAGAGAAAAAUUAUCUCAAGGUACACACAGGGCAAUUCUGCCUUUUAGAACCCUGCAUAAAUAUUUAAUGAAGAGUUUUUAUGAUGCUGCUGACUUCCAAGAUUUAAUUGUUAUCUCAGUUUGUUUGAAAAGUUUUAUAUGCAAAUGUAUUUUAAUUUGUUUUUCCAGUUGAAUAUAAUUAUUUUGCAGUAGUGUUUCCCAUUGCAGCCAUUUUGUAGUUAUUCAUACCCAUUUUCCGCAUAAAAAAAUUGCCACCUGUAAGCCUAAGAAAGCUGUCUGCAAAAUUCUAACAAAACGGAUGUCUUGAUAUUGAGAUGCUGUAAGGCCUACUGGCCCAGAUUUAUGUCAUUGUUACUGUAUUAAUGGGAGUUUGAGGACAUUUUUUGUUUGUCAACAGUUGUAGUCCCACAACAGCAAUAUUCCCCUCUGUAAAAGUCCAAUGGAAUAUGUCUCAAAGCUGGCAGAAAGAGUUGCAGUAGCGAUCUAAUAUUCACAAGCAUGUGUCCGAAAUAUUGAUCACCAUGUUGAGCCAUGGAAACCUCAAGCAAUUUUGUCCAAAUAUCAAUACUGAAUUCUUCAAGCAAUAUUCAAUGUAUUUGCGUAAUAGUCUUUAUACCAGUUUUGGGGUAAGCAGUAAGUAUGUCUGGGAUAAGUUACGAGGGGGACAAAACAGGUCUGUUUGGCAAUUCUGGUCAUCAAAAGAUGUCACGUCUUAUGUGCACUAAUCGAUGAAGGAAGCGAUUAAUAUCAAAUUAACGUGAUGUACUGAAGUGGUAUAUAAAAAGAAAUACGCAAUACUGCCAUGUUUGCUGAUAUUGUCAAUCUGUUUCUGUGUGAUUUUUGUGUUCAUACCAAUGUGAAUGUUAAUAUGUAAAUAAGAACAUCUAAAACAAACUACUUAUGGAGGGGGGGGGGGGGCAUUUUUCAUUAUUGUGGAGUGUUUAUGUUGUCUGUGACAAAGUCUGAAAAGCUCAUUUGAAUCUCAUGGAUUUUUCUUGGUUGCUUCUUUCACUAACUUUUUAUAGUAAAGUUAUAUAGUUAUAUAGUUAUAGUUCUCUCUCUCAUGCACAUAUCUUUAAAACAUUAGGCUAACUGAGACUACAGAUGACCAUGGUUGAAAAACAUGGCCCAAUUUCAAACCACAACCUCUCAGUUGUCCCUUGGAUAUAUGUGGGAGAAAUACAGACUUUUCCAACAAUGUUAAGUCACUAUAAGUGUCCUUAAUCCUGAUCUCUGAGGGCCCAAAAUGAAUUGCUUGAAUGAAAGCGAUUUAGAGGGGUGCAAACAGACCUAAUGGGUUGCAGGGAGGGAGUGAGAAAAGGACAGUUGGAAUUUGUGUUGUGCUCUGACUCCCACUUUCAGGAAGCAAUACAUUACCAUUAAGGGAGCAGUGUUCGGAGCGGGCUGGGAGGAAUGGAGAUGUCGCUCACUCUGUCCUCAUGCCAGUCAGCCAGGUUUAAAGGGUUAUAUACUCCCUCUCAACCAACAGAAAGCAAGACUGAACACAUAGUGUCUUAAAUUAAGUAAUUUUGUUACGUUACAACCUUAUUCUAAAAUUGAUUAAAUAGUUUUUCCCCCUCAUCUAUCUACACACAAUACCCCAUAAUGAUUAAGCAAAAACAGGUUUAUAGAAAUGUUUGUAAAUAAAUAAAAAGCCUAGUCUCUUCAUGGGUAUGAUUCUACAAGCUUGGCAAACCCGUAUUUGGGGAGUUUCUCCCAUUCUCUAAGGUAGUUUUUUAUAAUUAAUAAAUGUGCAAAAAUUCUAUAAACCUGUUUUCACUUUUAUAUUACUGUGUGUAGAUUGAUGUUUUUUAUUUAUUUAAUCAAUUUUAGAAUAUGGCUAUAACGUAACAAAAUGUGGAAAUUGUCAAGGGGUCUGAAUACUUCCCGAAUAUGCACUGUAUAUUUGUAUUUAUUAUAGAUCCCGAUUAAGCUCCUGGUAUCUGGCAAAAUGAAGGCAGUUAUACAAUUUAAAAAACAUUACAAUACAUUCAUUACAGAGUUCACAACACACUGUGUGCCCUCAGACCCAUACUCCACUACCACAUAUCUACAACGCAAAAUCCAUGUGUACGUGUGUGUAUAGUGCAUAUGUUGUCAUGUGUGUGUAAACAUGUGUCUGUGCCUAUGUUUGUGUUACUUCACAAAUCCCUGCUGUUCCAUGUAAUCAUGGCUCUAUGUAGUACUGUGUGCCUCCCACAGUCUGUUCUGGACUUGGGGACUGUGACGAGACCAUUGGUAGCAUGCCUUGUGGGGUAUGCAUGGGUGUCAGAGCUGUGUGCUAGUAUUUUAAACAGACAGCUUGGUACCUUCAGCUUGUCAACACCUCUUACAAAACAAGUAAUGAUGAAGUCAAUCUCUUCAACUUUGAGCCACAAUUCUAUCUUGGAGAUUUACGGACAGUUCUUUAGACUUCAUGGUAUAUAUUGUUUCUUUCAAUACCGAACAAAAAUAUAAAUGCAACAUGUAAAGUGUUUGUUUCAUGUUUCAUGAGCUGAAAUAAAAGACUCCAGAAAUGUUCCAUA